AUGAUUUCGGGAAAGGCGGAAAGAGUGCUACCGCGGCUUGACCUCUUGAUGCCUAAUCUGCGUGGUCCUAAAUUUGAUAAGCGCAAGUUAUAUGCUAGCGUUGUUCAUUCCAUAUUAUUGUAUGGUGUCCCGAUAUGGGCCACGGACGAGGUUCUUACAAAAAGGAAUUUAAAAGCGAUUGAUCGAAUACAGAGGCGAGUAUCGAUCAAGGUUAUCUCAGCCUAUUGCACGGUGUCACUGACGGCGUCAUUGCUUUUGGCAAGAAUUCCUCCUUUUAUCAUAUUGGCUAAAAGUAGGAAAAAGUAUACGAUCGAAUUUCGGAACUUGAAUUUAGGCAUCAGUGCAAUGACGAAUCAUGGCUGUUUUAGCACAUAUUUAUAUAGGAUUACGAAACUUCAUACAAAGCGAUGCGAGUUUUGUCCUGCAGGACGGGACGAUGUUAAUCACACUAUAUUCUUUUGUGAGGCAUGGUCUUAUCUGCGUGAAGAGGUCGAGCGAAGACUCGGUAAAAGUUUAACGGUGGAUACACUCGUCGAGUCUAUGUUAUUGGGACGCGAAGAGUGGCAAUGGAUCGAAUCAAUAAUUGAUGAGAUCAUGUCUCACAAGGAAGAUGCGGAAAGACGAAGACAGAGUGCGUUGAUCGUGGUGACUUAG